AAUUUUCGCAUAACCAAAUAUGGCUUUUCCCACAGGUUGAAGUGAAUAUCGUGAACUAGUUAUGAAGUGCCAGUGAAUAUCAAUGCGAAAUUAAUUUAAUAAAUUAUUAUAGAUGUAAAUAGAUACUCAGUUUGGGAUUACGGUUUCGCAUAGUUGGAUUUUGCAAGAUGUCCUUUCGUGUAGUUAGAAGUUCAAAAUUUAGACAUGUUUACGGUCAAGCCCUUAAAAGAGAGCAAUGCUAUGACAAUAUCAGGGUCUCGAAGAGUUCUUGGGAUUCUACAUUCUGUGCAGUCAAUCCUAAGUUUAUAGCCAUCAUAGUCGAAAGUGCUGGAGGAGGUGCUUUUAUCGUAUUACCUCAAGGGAAUAAGAUCUCGGGUAGAAUAUCGGCUGAUCAUCCUCUAGUAGGAGGACAUAAAGGACCGGUUUUAGAUAUAGCUUGGUGUCCGCACAAUGAUAACGUUAUCGCCAGUGGAUCGGAGGACUGUGUUGUCAAGGUUUGGCAUAUUCCUGAUGGGGGCCUUAUUAAAACGCUUACAGAACCAAUCGUCGACCUUGUGUAUCAUCAGAGAAGAGUUGGUUUGGUGCUUUGGCAUCCAACCGCGCAAAAUGUUCUUCUUACGGCUGGUAGCGAUAAUCAAAUCGUUAUUUGGAACGUAGGCACUGGAGAAGCUUUAGUUGAAAUUGAUUGUCAUCCGGAUAUUGUGUACAGUGCCUGCUUUAAUUGGGAUGGUUCAGAGUUACUUACCACCUGCAAAGAUAAGAAAAUUAGAAUAAUAAAUCCACGAACGGGAGAAGUUACAUCUGAAGCCAUCGCGCAUGAAGGUACGAAGGCAACUCGAGCUAUUUUCCUUCGACAUGGAUUAGUGUUUACAACGGGAUUCUCGAAGAUGUCUGAACGACAAUAUAGUUUAAGAACUCCGGAUUGUUUAGAAGAGCCCAUCGUUAUGGUAGAAUUAGACACUUCGAAUGGUGUGAUGUUUCCGCUUUACGACGCUGACACGAACUUAAUAUUUCUGUGUGGCAAAGGAGAUUCGGUUAUCAGGUACUUCGAAAUCACAGCCGAGCCUCCCUUCGUCCACUAUAUCAACACCUUCCAAACUCCAGAUCCGCAAAGAGGUAUUGGUAUGAUGCCAAAGAGAGGAUGUGACGUCACAACCUGUGAGAUAGCUAGAUUUUAUAGGCUAAACAAUUCGGGAUUGUGCCAAGUUAUAACAAUGACUGUUCCGAGAAAAUCCGAACUCUUUCAGGAGGAUCUGUACCCCGAUACCGUGGGAGACACUGCAGCUUUAACAGCAGAGGAAUGGAUUGGUGGCCGCGACGCUGAACCAAUUGUAAUAUCCUUGAAAGAAGGUUACAAGCCACCGGAAUCCAAAACAGUGUCGGUCGCUAGGAAAAGCAAUUUGCUUAAUAAAAUUCCCGCUAAGAGUGGAAAGGCGGACAGUGGUGGCAGUUCUGCAGUAUCGGAAAAAGCUCUGCAAGAAUUUCUGGACGAGAUUCGUAAAAUGAAAGCCAUGAUAGUGAAACACGAAAAUCGUAUCCGUGCUUUGGAAGCGGAAGUCGCUCUGUCUAAGUCACAACAUACUAACAACUCCGCUAUUGAGGACAAGGAUGAUGGCGGUGGAGACGGACUGGGGGCUCCACCACCUUUAGCCUCAAAUGAAGUUUGAGACACGGUUGUUAGAUGGGCUUUUGUGGAACUGCUCAAAUUAACGGAAAGUAUAGGUAAUGAACCGACACAAAAUCUAUACUGGAUUGCAAAUGCCUUGCUUUUUACAUAGUAGUAACUCAUCCUUAUUUAUUUUUUCAUUAAAAAGCGAACGUCAGCCAAAAAUCAUUAUCAUUAGUCAAUUGUACAAAUUUUUUAAUUAAUUUUUAGAAAGUGCCUUAUCUAUUGAUUUGUGACCGGUUGGAAGAGCUUUUUUGGGAAAUCCUAGUUCGGCUGAUAUAAAGUGCCAUUAGAAAAUUCUGGUUAUAAUAACACUGUAGUUAAUUAAAUGCUUGGUCGUUGUCUGCAAAAAGCCUCAGCAUAGAUAAGGUACUCUGAAUCCUCUCUAUAUCAUCGAACUCAAGUGCUCUUAUAGACUUUAAAGUCUGCUACGCAACAGCGUAAUUUAACACAUUAAACCGAAAAAUUUUCACGCAUUAAAAAAAUCGUGUGAAAUAUUUUCGAUUUUUGCAGUUACUGUUCUUAAAAGAGGUACAAAUAAUUGUAGAUGUAAUCUAUGGUUCGAUUGUAAGGGAAAACUGGAAAUAUCUUUCAAAGUAAGUCUGUUGGUCAAUUUUUACACUUUCAUAAUACGGAUGAUUAAACUUAGUUGUUACACACGGCAGAAGACGCACAAGGGAAAAUGUCAAGCACAAAAUUAUUUGUACCUCUUUUAACAAUAUUUAUUAUAUAAGUGUUUUAAAUAUAUUAUAUAGUUUAUAAAACUGUUUCUAUGGAAUUUUUGAUAAUAGACAAUUCGAUGGUGUAUUUAUACAGUGCGAGUCAUAAUAGGCUGAUAAAGCUGAGUUCAACAACGCCGUUUUGUACUUAACAAGUGUAAGAUCGAAAGCCAUAUGUCAACAUUAAACAUUUAAAUUUACAAAUGCUUGGUAGUUCCUAUAGCCAGUCAGGGAUUAUUAAAAAAUAACAGCUAAAUUUUAAUUAGCUAAUUAUCUAUAAAGUGCCCAAAAGUAAUCUUAAUAACUUAUCUAACUACAUUCUAAUCUAUAAUAGACUUAAACUUUUUAUGAUAAUUCUUAAAAACUCCAUAUUUUUUCAAGAUUUCGAUUGUUCUACAGCAUUGGUAGAAUGUUCAAUUGUUAUGAAAUGCACUGCAUAUAAAUCUUAUUGGAAAUACCCGGGUCAGGAUGUCGCCAUGCCGCAGCCAUGACCCACCUUGAAAAACACUUGUCAAUAUGAAAUCAAAAAACUACAUAUUUUUAUAAACGUUAAAAUGUCUUGUUGAGCGUUUUGGAGUAUUUUUAUAUACCUGUUUUUGAUUGCCAAUAAGCAUAAGAUAAAUGACAAUAUACUCAGCCAGUCAAUGAACUGCACAAUAAAAUAAUGUUAUAGCUGAAAGGUUAAAUCUCAUGUUUGGUCAAUAGUAAUAAAGCUUUAAUUAUGUGAAUAUCGGAUUGUUGAAAACCCUGUAGCGUUUUUGCUCGGGUAUUAAAGGUAAAUGUUACUUUGUUUGCAUAUUUUUAAAUAUAUUGACUAAACUGUUAAUAUUUACUAACUAUUAAGCAAUAAGGUAACAAUAUUGUUUAAAAUCGGAUAUUCGUAAAAGUUAUCAAAAGUUCCAUCUCAAAGAUUGACUUGUGUGCUAUAAAUUUAACAACGAUGAAUAUUAAUUCAAUGUAUAUAAUGUGUAUAAAAUAUAAUUUGCAUUUUUUUUGAACUAAUAAUAUUAAUACUGUGUAUUGUUAGUAUUUUUACAAAUAUAUUCGUUAAAAAUUGACGCAUUCAAUUGAUAACAAUA